CUGGCCGUCUGCUCUCGGCUCUUGACAGAUGGAGUCGGUCACAGCGCAGGAAGCAUUUAGAGGGGAAAACGAGAAGAAAAGCCGGGUUUUGUCUGCAAUGAGAGCCGAACAGUCUGAAAAUGGGGAAAACUCAACGAACUCGCAGAGCGAAAUGCUGAUCAACCAGCUGAGUGAAAUCACUGGCAUCCAAGACCAACAGAUUCUCUACAGAGCCCUGAAUGCCAGUCAGGGGGACAUCGGACAUGCAGUGGGUCUGCUGACGACCCAGCCUGCAGAGGUUCAGGACCCCGGGGAACGGCAGGAGUCAGGGACAUCUGGAGAGGCCUGGCAGGGCAAGAAAGAUGAACUGCAGGCCGCCAUAGAGCUCAGCCUGCAGGAGUCCCACCACGCCCAGGAAGAGGAGAGAGAAUUCCACAGGGCUCUGGAGGCCAGCGCAGAGGAAAACGCAGCCAGGAUAAAGAGGAAGAGAUGCGAAGCCCAGAGCGAAAUGUGCAGCCCUGCAGACUGGGUCCGUCAGGACGACUGGCCCGUGGGCAUCCGCAAUGUGGGAAACACCUGCUGGUUCAGUGCUGUCAUCCAGUCACUGUUCCACCUGCCUGUGUUCAAGAGGCUGGUUCUCAACUACCACCUGUCUGAGCGACUACUGGAGAAGUGUAAGAGCCAUUCAGACAAGAGGAACAUAGCUUUCAUGCAGGAGCUCCGGUGUCUGUUCGCCCUCAUGGUGGGCUCCACGCGCAGGUUUGUGGAUCCUUCUGCUGCGGUGGAGCUGCUGCGAGAAGCCUUCAGGACCAGCGAGGCCCAGCAGGAUGUCAGUGAAUUUUCACACAAACUGCUUGACUGGUUGGAGGAUGCUUUUCAGCUGGCUGCCAAUGGAAAUAAAGCAGAAGACAAACAACAUAACCCCAUGGUCCAGCUCUUCUAUGGCACCUUUGUGACAGAAAGAAAACACGAGGGUAAAACGGUGUGUAACAUCGAGCAGUUUGGCCAGUACCCUCUGCAGGUCAACGGCUUCAACAACCUCGAUGAAUGCCUAGAAGGUGCCAUGGUUGAGAAGGAGAUCGAGUCGCUUCAUUCAGAGCACAACGUCACACCUGGACGUGAGAGAUGGUUCAAAAAGCUACCACCGGUCUUGACAUUUGAACUUUCUAGAUUUGAAUUCAACACCCAGCUUGGACGCCCUGAGAAGAUCCACAAGAAACUCGAGUUUCCUCAGAUCAUUUAUAUGGACAGAUAUCUUCACAAAAACAUAGACCGGACACAUGAGAGGAGAGGAGAGGUGAAGAAACUCAAGGAGCAGCUUGCAGUUCUACAACAAAAACUGGAGUGUUAUAAAAACUAUGGCUCAGGACCGACCAAGUAUCCUCUGGCUGACAUGCUUCAGUUUGUGUUGGAGUUUGCUACCACCAAGCCUACAAGUGUUUCCCCGGCUGAAGACCCCAGACUGGCUGCAUCUUCACCAACGCCUGCAAGCCACCCCUUCAGUGAAACCAAAGACAGUGAAGCCGAAGAAGCAGAUUCAUCAGAGGACCCGGUUUCCAGUGUUUCCAGUUGCCAGCGGACGCCCAUAUACAAGCCGUUCACCCAGUGCAGACUCCCCAUCGACUACCCCCCGCAUCCAGCCCCCCACAGCAUCACUGAAGAAGAGCUGCACUUUGUUAAGACCUGCCUACAGCGCUGGAGGACUGAAGUAGAAAAUGACAUAAACGAGCUAAAGGCCAGCAUCGACAGGCUCUCUCUGACGCUCGAGGGCAUGUACUCAGACAACAGUCUCUGCCAGGUGCCGUACAGACUCCACGCAGUGCUCGUGCAUGAAGGCCAGGCGUCGGCGGGCCACUACUGGGCCUACAUCUACGACCACGCCAACCAGCGCUGGAUGAAGUACAACGACAUAAGCAUCACCGAGUCUUCGUGGGAGGAGCUGGAACGAGACUCCUUUGGAGGCAUGACCAACGCAAGCGCCUACUGCUUGAUGUACAUCGAUGACAGGCUACCCCAACUUAUCACAGAAGACACAGAUGACGAGACAGGCCAGGCGCUCCACGGCAUGGACUCCUUGCCGCCCGUCCUCAGACGCUACGUCCAGGAAGACAACCGCUGGUUCCAGCAGGAGCUCAGCGAAUGGGAGGAGCAGUUCUGCCAGACCGCCACCCCGCAAGAGGAGUCCACGGCCUCCGCGGAGCCCCCGAGCCCCAGUCAGGACGACGCGCAGCAGCCGGCCGUGGAGCCAGCGCCCCAGUCGGGACCCUCCGCCGAAGAGCCGGAGCAGGGGGCCGCUUCAGAGCAGCGACCUGAUCCAGAAGCAGAGAAGGAUCCGGAGCCCGAUGCCAGAGAGAAGCCUGAAGAAGAAUCAGAGUCAUCACCACCACCAGCACCACCACCUCCAGAGAGCCCUGGCUGCCAGCCAGUCGACGCCGGCAGCGCGGCGGCCACCGACACCGACACCCCGGGGCCCAGCCAGAGCUCCGCCUCGGCCGAGAAGGAGCUGCAGAGUCAGACUCCUGGCCCUGACGCAGAGCUCUCUAACCAGCCGCCGUCUGACCCCCACGUGGAGAAGGAGGACACGGAGAGGGCGCGCCUCGGCCCUGAGGCUGAAGGCGAGCCGGAGGUUUCCAGGGAGGCUCCUGAGCGCGAAGCAGGACCGGGAGACGAGGAGCCGCGCCAGGACGUCCCGACGAGACAGCGACAGCCUGAGAACGAGGUCUCGGAAGUGGAGAUUCCCAACGUGGGCAGGAUCAUGGUGAGGGCCGACGCUGACGGAUACAAUGAAGAGAUGAUGCUGACUCCAGCCAUGCAGGGGGUGAUUCUAGCCAUAGCCAAGGCCAGACAGAUUUUUGAUAAGGAAGGUCCUGAGGCUGGCCUCAUCAAGGCCUUCCACGAAGAGUAUUCCCGCUUGUACGAGCUCUCCCAGGAGGAGACCACCCCCCAGGAGGAUGCUCGUCUGCAGCACGCUCUGGUCUACUUCUUCCAGAACAAGGCGCCCAAGCGCGUUAUUGAGAGGACGCUGCUUGAGCAGUUUACCGACCGCAACCUCAGCUUCGACGAGAGGGCCAUCAGUAUCAUGAGGGAAGCCCGGGCCAAGCUGCGCCUCAUUAAGCCAGAAGACAUGGACAUGGAUGAAUACCUGCAGUGGCACGAUGACUACAGGCUGUUCAGGACCGUGUUCGUCUACCUGCUGACUGGACUGGAGCACUACCAGCAUGGGAAGAUGCGAGAGGCGUUGAACUACUUGGCUCACGCGUACGAGACCAACUCCAACCUGCUGAGGAACGGAGAGAAACGCGGUGUGGACAAGUCCCUCAUUGCAGUUUACAGGAGGAAGUGUCUCUCUGCGCUGAACGAGAGCGCGUCGCGGCUGUUCUGCAGCGGCGAUGAGAGCAAGGUGGAGGAGGGCGUCGCCAUCAUGGACGAGGUCGUCAUCCCCUGUCUGCACCUGAUGAGCCGGGACUCGGCUCUGGCCCAGGAAGACCGGGACACUAUGGAGAGCAUCCGCAGCCACUGGUGCUGCUGCCUGGGCCAGGACAUGGACGACUCCCUGCAGGUGAAGCUGGGCGAGUUGCUGCCCAGGGUUCUGGACGGUUCGGCCGAGACGGUGCUGCUCAAAGACCCGCCCAAGGUCCACGUCAGCCAGGCCCACGACCUGUGCAGCCGCCUGGCGGCCGUCAUGGAGUCCAUCCACAGCACCUCAGUGGUCGCUGUCAAGUAAAACCGCGGCAACGAAACAGCAGCAGCAGCAGCAGCAGCAGCAGCCCGUUUGAACUGUGCCUCUCAACUGCGAGCAACUUUGGCUGGUGGACGGUUCUGUGCUGACGGACUGUAGGAUUGAGGCGGCGUUCAGUAGCUGUAGACAGAAUUCAGUUUUAUCUGCUGGUUUGGCCUUGCACAUGCUUUUUCUUUUCUUUUUUUUUUUGCGUUAACAUAGUGAGCUGUAAACGCUUGUCGUGGGUCAAUAAGGGAUCAGCCAGAGCUGUCGCCAUAUGGAAAUAUACAUGCUAAUUAUAAGAAAUUAGCGUUAUUUUACCCCAAAGUGAACAAACUACACCCUGCGUAUUUCUCAGUAGAAUCAUUUAAACUACUCUAGUUGUCAAUCAUCUGUCUAUUUGACUCCUGCAGAACUGGCAACACAAACGUAGAUGUCUAUUGACCACGCAUCACUUAACGUCCGCACGUUUUAGGCUCUCUGUCUCGGCCAUAGCUACGACUACAGCCAGCCCGUCGUGUGUGUGGCGCUCGCUGGCGAAACAGCGUGAGACCAGUCUGCAGCGGAACAAUGAAGCGUUAAAUUCUGAUUGGCACUCUGAAAGGGUUCAUACCGCAUAUGGACACGUUUGACCCACUGGCUAACUUGUUAACUCUUGUCCACUGACAACAAUUGGGCUGUCGCUCAGCUCUGCAGGACGUGACCAGACUGAACGGUAUUUGUUGUUUGUGUUGCUAAGCAGUGUGAAUGCACAAUGAGGCUUUUUAUAGGGCUUAAAAACACUGGAUUUUUACCACACAAUAACAAUUACUGUUUAUUAGUUUUUUUUUUUUUUUUUUAAAUAUGUGUUUUUUAUUACUUUGUAAUUUUCCAAAAACAGAUUUUAGGAAAUCUUACAUGUCAGUAUAUCCACAGCAGUAUUACGCAUUCAAAUUGGCAGGGUGUCCUUUAAAAACUCGAUGAAUGAGCUCAGAUCUCAGUACGUUUAUGCUCUGGCAGUAGUAGCAAGUAGCAGCUAGACGACGGCGCCCUGUGGAACAGCACCUUUGAGGGUACAGAUGUGCCUUUUCUCCCUUUCUGAAUGGUUCUUUGGAAACCGUCUGAAAGGAAACUAGAAAUGAAACGCCAUUUUUCUCGUGUCCCACACGCAAACACCAGUAUCACGGAUGGAGUCAGGAUUUUCUAACGCUGGAUGUGAAGCCAAUUCCUGGCUGCUGUUCUCACACUUUUUUCACUAGUUCUCCAGGAUGAUACUCAAUAAAUGUUUUAAACUGAAUGUCUUCACUUUGUGUGUGUCUUUCUAACGGCUGCAUUUUCAUUAACCGUCACCUUACUCGCUCACAUACAUCUCGCCGCUGUAAGCGCUACAAGAGUCCUAAAUGUGUAUUAACACGCACCCAAAAACAGUCACAUUCACCAGUGUUUCAGUAACAUCAGCGCCCAGCUGUUUCUUUUAAAUAUGACACUGUAUAUUUGUCAUUCAUUUUACAAUAAAGUUUGUAUUGUUGAUCCUUAAA